AUGAGAACAUCCAUCUUGAACUAUCUGCACCUCAUUGGCACCGGCUUGCUAUUCCCGGUGGCAAGAGCCACAAGCCUGGACGAUGAGGUCGCCCUCGUUGCCCAGAGGCAGCUCGCUAACGUCGCCCAGUUCCCUGAUCCGCCAUUGAUCGCGAGCAUUGACAAGUGGCUGGCUGCUCAGAAAACUGACGGAACCUGGAGCGAUGUCAAUUACCUCUCGGGAUGCGCCGCUCAGCGCGCCAACUGGCCCAUCCAAGAGCACUGGAACCGAGUCAUUACCUUUGCGGCUGCAUGGAGCGGCGCAAAUCCGUCCAUCCCCGCAACUUGGAAGGGCAGCAAGGACCUCAUGUCUGCCAUCUCCAAGGGCUUAGACUACUGGUUUGAAAACGACUACGAGCCUGUGGACUGCAUGGGGAACGGCGGAAAUGCCGGUUGCCCGUGCGGCACUCCUGGUCUUUGGAACACUAACUGGUAUGGCCAAGCGAUUCUGAUCCCGCAGCUCUGCUCCACUGCGUGUCUGCUGCUCAAGGACGCAAACCUCACCGCCUCACAGCGUGCUGGCUGUGCUCGCAUCCCGCGCCGCUCAUAUGACCUGAGAGACGGGAGCUACGGCACCGGUGGAAAGCUAACCGCGGCAAACGUCGUACUCGUUAUGCAAAACUCGGUCAACCUGGCCCUCUACACAAACAACGCAACGAUGCUCGCCGAUGCAUACUCGAGGACCAUGAAGACCAUGACCUUUGCGGACACUCCUAAGCAAGAUGGAACCCACCGUGAUGGCACGUUCCUACAGCAUGUCGGAAUCUUGUACAACGGCAACUACGGCAAGGACUUUUUCAACGUCUUCAUUGCUCUCCAGAGCGCAGCCAUCGGAACGUCCUUUGCGGCUCCGGAUGACACGCGAAGCGCUAUUGCCGCCCAAGCCAGGGGCAACGAAUGGAUGAUCUUCACCGAUUACGAGACUCGAAGAGAGCACUGGGACUUUAAUGCAAUCGGACGGUUCGUAGCCUUCCCGGUUGUGGAUAGGCAGGCCAGUGCCGACAUCAACUUCAACACCUCGAAGCUCGCUGCCGCGACAAAAGACUUUACUGGCGCCAAUGACUUGAGCGACACGAUUAGGCGAUUGCAGUCCAAUGGCACCGAGAAGCUUGUCGGCAACAAGGGCUUCUGGGCCAGUGAUUAUAUGGCACUAUUCACCCUUUCGUUUCGCCUUGUGGUUGCCAAUGCUGACCAGGCAUCGCAGGUUCAUCGCCGCGACUCUUUCAUCCUUACUAACAAGAUGCUUUCCGUCCGAUCGACCAACUCGGAGUCCGUCAAUGGCGCAAAUCCGUACGCCUUUCACCUCGGACAAGGGACCCUCUUCUCGUAUGUCACAGGCAACGAGUACAAGGACAUCAUGGCUGCCUGGGACUGGAACCUGGUCCCCGGCACCACCACGCAGCUCAACAUCCCUAAGCUCGCUAGCGGCAAUGCUGGCAACAGCGGAAAGAAGGACUUUGUCGGCGUCGUGAGCGAUGGAAAAGUCGGCACCUCUGUUGAGGACUACGUUGAUCCUCUUGAUGCGAGCUUUUCGUACAGGAAAGCGUGGUUUUACUCUGAUGACUCGGUCCUCGUCGUCACCUCGGAUAUCAAGUCUAGUGGUAAAGCGCCCAUCAUCACCGUGCUGGAUAACCGCGCCGUGGCCGAUUCGAACAAGGUUUGGGUCAACGAUGAGGCAGUGGAUACGAGCAAAGGCCUCCAGAUCAAGGGCAGGACUCUCUUUUAUGGGGGCAACGGGUACGCGGCCUACGGUGAGGACUUCGACCUGACCUUGGCCCAGGGCGACCGGACCGGCAACUGGACUGAGAUCUCUACAUCGACCGUCGGUGUGACGACGGUGCCCAUUUUCUCUGGCUACACUACCAUCAGAGAAGACUCGUUCACAUACGCCAUGUUCCCCGCGACGAGCCGCAGCAAGCUCGCCAAGGAAGCAAGGAAGCCUUCCAUCAGCCCAAUCUUGGGCCCGGGGGUCAGCGGCGCGGCCGGGUCCAGCAAGUUGAGCCUCGUCUUCUGGCCCGGUGGUGAAAAGUCCAUAACGGUCGACCUGGCCAAGAUUGGCUGGGCCAGGUCGGGGUCCAUCACCGUUACCUCUGAGCAGCCGGGCGCGUACCUAUUUAGACCCAUUUGCAACGGCAAGCACAAGAAGGCAAUGAAGCUGCGCGUCACCCUAUCCGAUCCGACGCAGAAACUUAGCUCGAUGUCUUUCUCGAUUGCGGUGACGCAUGGGACGGUGACGCCGGUGAAGGUGGCGGUCGACUUACCGACGGCUGGUCUAGCGGGUUCGUCAGUCUCGCGCGACGUGGUUGUCAGGUUUUGA